GCGCUGCUAGGAUUCGCUCAGUGUGCGCGUGGCCAACACUUCCACUGAUUGUUGACAACGCGCCCUGCGCGCGUGCACUACUACGCUGCUUAGAGGAGUGAGGUGAAUUUUCUCUUUCACACUGUCGGAGCAGCCUCACAGGUGCGUUCGGGAGGCAGGGACCAGAGACGCGUUUUCUUUUCUAAACAAAAGAGUAACAAAUUGUCGGACCAAUUGCGCAAAACGGAGCGACAUCGCGAGGAACAGAAGCAGGUGCGCUGCUCUCACUCUUUAUUUAACACAAGCCUGAAGUCAUGCGCGCGUUUAUUGAUGAAAAGUUAAUUCACGCUUAGUAAGACACAGACAGCGGGAGAAGUGAACUGGAUAGAGUCGCGCGUUUCGCUGCUCCUUAAUUACUCGUCGUACGUUCGCACGGGGAAUAAACAAUCAUAAUGUCGAGGAAGAAAGCGGUCAAAGGGAAGGGGAGUUCAAAUACACCCAACUCAUCUCCGAGCAGCGAUAAAGAGAAGGGUAAGAAAGUCCCGACCCAGUCCAACGGAGUGGUGCAUCCAAGCAGACCCUCUCUCAGCAACAGCGGAGAAUUCUACGACAUCGCCUUCAAGGUAAUGCUCGUUGGUGACUCUGGUGUGGGGAAAACCUGUCUGCUAGUUCGCUUUAAGGAUGGAGCGUUCCUGGCUGGGAGCUUCAUCUCAACAGUCGGAAUAGACUUCCGGAAUAAGGUGCUGAACAUUGACGGUGUGAGAGUUAAACUACAGAUCUGGGACACGGCAGGACAGGAGCGAUUCAGGAGCGUGACGCACGCUUACUACCGAGACGCUCAUGCUCUUUUGCUGCUGUACGACGUGACAAAUAAAGCUUCUUUUGACAACAUACAGGCCUGGCUCACAGAGAUUCAUGAGUUUGCUCAGCAGAAUGUAGUGAUCAUGCUUCUGGGUAACAAGGCUGACGCUACACAUGAAAGAAUUGUGAAGAGAGAGGAGGGUGAAAAACUGGCCAAGGAGUUUGGCGUUCCCUUCAUGGAGACCAGUGCUAAAUCGGGUCUGAAUGUGGAGUUGGCCUUCACUGCUGUGGCAAAGGAACUGAAGCACAGGGAGAUGAAGGAGCCUAACGAGCCAAAGUUUCAGCUGCAGGAGUAUGUUAACAAGGAGAUGAAGGGAGUCGGCUGCUGUCGCUCCUAAACUCGCGCGCGCUCGUGCGCGUCCGUCUCUCUGUCUGUUUGUGUGUUUUUCCGCUUUCAUCCUCUUCUCUCGCAUAAAUUGGAGGCCUGUCAGAUAUUCUGCGGCUCUGGAGACUUUCGUUUUCAAACGCUGUGUUCUUUCUUUGGACCUCCAUGCACUUCACAGCUCGCAAACAAUAGCGAACGACACAAAGCAAACACGGCGUAAAGAGGAGCAGUCAUCAGAUUGCAAUUGGCACGUGCUUACAUAUUUACAUCCACAAUAAAUACAGACCCACCUCUCCGAGCAGCUGUGAAUGUAUGUUCAUCAUGUGUGGCUCAAAGUUUGCUUUAUUAUAUGUUCAAACCAUUCCUACAGUUAGUACUUUUCUGUGGCAGCUUCACUUGAACCCAAUCAUACACCACUUUUACUGUUCAGAAACUAGAUAAUUAUGUGCACAAUUAUAAUUAACAAAGCAUUUUCUGUAAUUUCAGUCUCAUUCUAUAAACACUUUGCAAAAUGAGUUCUGAUGUGCUUUAAAUUUGUGGAAAAGUUUUAAAAUUACGUUAGUGAAAUUAAUAUUCGUUUCUUUCGAAAGUUCUUUUAUUAUUUCAGUGAAACAGCCUGCUUAUUUAUUUUGUUUCUUGUUCAGAUCACUCCAAUUAAAAGAACCGAUUUUUCAUCGCUUUCUGUUUUUAAAGCUUAGAUAAUAAUACUUGCAAACUUUUUUUUAUAGUGUCUCUUUAAAGUUACAUUUACCAGACUUUCGAUAAUUUCUUUCAUUUAUGUGUAUAAACCAUCACACAUUACAAUAAAAUCCAAAGCUAAUCAAGGCCAUUAACUAUGGAAGCUUGUUUCUGCCACAGAAAAAAAAAAACAAUUAAAUAAAUAAAAAAUAUAUAAAAUAUAAAUAGAUACACAGAAUAAAUAAAUACAGUACUGUGGAAAAGUUUUAGGCCACUAGUAUUUUCACCAGCUAAAAAAUGGUUUAAAGUAAGUUAUUUCUAUCUGUUGCUGUAGUGUGUCAGUAAAAAAUAUGGGUUUACAUUUCCAAAUAUUCUGUUUGCCAUUAAUUGUAAUAAUCUAGUGAGAUUUUUGUUUGCACAAGGAGUCUGACAACAGCCAGUGCUCCACACAGAUCUGAUCUCAUCAUCAUCCAGUCUUCCUGGAAUGACAUGAAGAAACAGAACAGACUGAAACAGAGUAAAUCCAGAAGAACUGUGGCAACGUCUCCAAGAUGCUUUAAGAAACCUACCUGCAAAGCUACCUGAAAAAUUUUGCGCAGGUGCACCUAGGGCAAAAGCUGCUGUAAAUGCAAAGAAUGGUCGCACCAAAUGUUGAUUUCAUUUAGUUAAUAGAAGGUAAUUGAUAAAGAAAAUCUAUUUAUGACAGCAUCCUCAUUUUACAGCAUUUUUACACAAGUGCCUAAAACUUUUAACAGUGCUGCAGCUUUGCAGGUAGGUUUCUUGAAGCAUCCUGGAGACUUUGUCACAGUUCUUCUGGAUUUAGUCUGUCUGAGUUUGUUCUGUGUCUUCAUGUCAUUCCAGACAGAUUGGAUGAUGAUGAGAUCAGAUCUCUGUGCAGAGCACUCGCUGUUUUCAGACUCCUUGUGCAAACAAAAAUCUCACUGGAUUAUUAUGAUUAAUGGCAAAAUGAAUGUUUGGAAAUGUAAUCUGAUAUUUCCUACUGACACACUACAGCAAAAGACCGACUUUAAAUGACUUUAAACCAUUUUUUAGCUGACGAAAAUACUAGUGGCCUAAGACUUUUGCACAGUACUGUAUAUAUAUAUAUCUUUUUGUCGCAAUUCUGAGUAUAUAUAUCACAAUUCAGAGAAAAAAAGAAUAGUAUGGAAGAAUUGUGUAUAAAAUGCAGAAUUGCAUGAUAUAAACGUAGUAUCGUGAGAUGUAAACUUGAAAUUUUGAGAAGAAAGUUAUAAAUUGUGAAAGAUAAACUCAUAUUUGUGAGAAAAAUGUAUACAUUCUGAGUCACAAUUACAUUAAUUAAAAAAUAUAUAGAAAUGUGAGAUGUAAUCUAAAGAAAUCAGAGAAAAAGGUCAGGACUAUCAGAUAAAAAGUUGCAAUUACCUUAUAUUUUGUGGUGGAAACAGACUUGAUUAAGAUGGAAAGUUGGAUUGAGUUUGCUGAAAGACGUCUUCACCUCUUUACACUUACAGAAGCACACGCUCAUUAAUGAAUCUUGUCAGAUUUUCUCCACUUUUGUCAUUUUAUUUAUUUAUAUUUUUUUUUUGUCAAUGUCAUUUCAUGAAAUAUGAACUAAUAUGAAAGAUGAAUGUAUGUAUUGUACAUAUGAAAAAUAUCAUAUGGCACUUACAGUAGUUUGCAUUAUAUAAUUAAUGUUUUGUUAAAAAUUUAGUAUCGUCCUGUACGCUAAAUAUAUAGAAAGCUUUAACUAGAAUUAGUAGCUUUAAAGUGAUGUUCAGAAUGUGCCAGAAUUUAACAAAUUGAUGUAAUGUCGGAUACUAUGCGUACUGUGGAUCGUUUAAUAUAUCGUGCUGUAUAAAUAUUUUCAGUACUAUGCCUUUUGCACUUUUGUUCUUGCUGUUUUUUUUCGUUGUUGUUGUUGAUAUUUUUUAUAUCAUCUGAAACUAAAGGAAGACCAGUAUAUGGCCUGAAAUGAAUAUUUUGUUGGUCAGGAAAUUUGUACUGAUGUGCCAUUUUUAGCUGCUCAGAUUUUUGACAACAAAUCAACCAAUGUAUAUAAGUUCAAUUCAGUUUGUUUUCCCCUGUAUUGAAGAAAUGGUACGGACGGGUGAUAUCACAGAAAUGACAAGCAAUGAUAUACAGAACUUUUUUCUAUCUGGUAGAGGUCAACGCUAAGUGUUGAUCUAAGUGUUCACAUGUUUUUUUCAAAGUUUUUAUGUAACGUGUAUUGUAUUCCCAACAAUAAAUUGGACAGUGAAGUGAA